CAUGUUGGGCAUUGCUAUGCUUGGUCCCGCGCCACCUCCGCCCCCCGCGGCUCGCCUCCAGCCCGCCCCUCUGCCCCGCCGGAGAGGAAACAAAGUGCUGCGAGCGGGAGACUCGGCGGCGGCGGCGCGUGGACCCAGCUCGGCCCUCCCGAUCACUCUGGCCCCGCAUCUUAUCUAGUGCGUGCUUGUGUGUGUGUGCGCGUGCCCGCGCGUGUUUUCUUACAAAGGGCAUUUUACGACUGAUUGGUUCGCAGCCCUCCCUCUUUGCCCUUUGUGCUGUAAUCCGGCUCCCUCCAUCCAGGUGCUUCUUCCUCCCCUCUCCGGCCUCUGCACGAUCGCGGGUCGCCGGUGUGUGCCUGCGAUCCCCGCCUCGCUCCCUUCAGCCCGCUGCGUGUCCCUGCUCUGCCCCCGGCCUCCCCGCUCUCCCCGCAGAUCGCCCCGCCGCCCGCCAUGGCGACCGCGACCCCCAUGCAGUCGCGGACCAGCAGCCGCGUUAGCGGCCCCGCCACGCCGCUGAGCCCCACGCGGCUGUCGCGGCUGCAGGAGAAGGAGGAGCUGCGCGAACUCAACGAUCGGCUGGCGGUGUACAUCGACAAGGUGCGCAGCUUGGAAACGGAGAACAGUGCGCUGCAGCUGCAGGUGACGGAGCGCGAGGAGGUGCGCGGCCGGGAGCUCACCGGCCUCAAGGCGCUCUACGAGACCGAGCUGGCAGAUGCGCGACGGGCACUGGACGACACGGCCCGCGAGCGCGCCAAGCUGCAGAUAGAGCUGGGCAAGUUCAAGGCCGAGCACGACCAGUUACUCCUCAACUAUGCCAAGAAGGAAUCGGAUCUGAAUGGAGCCCAGAUGAAGCUUCGCGAGUAUGAAGCAGCACUGAAUUCUAAAGAUGCAGCUCUGGCUACUGCCCUGGGUGACAAAAAAUGUUUAGAGGGAGAAGUGGAGGACCUGAAGGAUCAGGUUGCCCAGUUGGAAGCCUCCUUAACUGCGGCCAAGAAACAACUUGCUGAUGAAACUUUACUUAAAGUGGAUUUGGAGAAUCGCUGCCAGAGUCUGACUGAAGACUUGGAGUUUCGUAAAAACAUGUAUGAGGAGGAGAUCAACGAGACCAGAAGGAAGCACGAAACUCGCUUGGUGGAGGUGGACUCUGGGCGUCAGAUUGAGUACGAGUACAAGCUGGCUCAGGCCCUGCAUGAGAUGAGAGAGCAGCACGAUGCCCAGGUCAAGCUGUACAAGGAGGAGCUGGAGCAGACUUACCACGCCAAGCUCGAGAAUGCCAGGCUAGCAUCAGAGAUGAAUACUUCUACUGUCAACAGUGCCAGGGAAGAACUGAUGGAAAGUCGUAUGAGAAUUGAGAGCCUUUCAUCUCAGCUUUCUAACCUACAGAAAGAGUCUAGAGCAUGUUUGGAGAGGAUUCAAGAGUUGGAGGACUUGCUUGCUAAAGAAAGAGACAACUCUCGGCGCAUGCUGUCUGACAAAGAGAGAGAGGUGGCGGAGAUCCGGGAUCAGAUGCAGCAGCAGCUGAGCGAUUACGAGCAACUGCUUGAUGUAAAGUUAGCCCUGGACAUGGAGAUCAGUGCUUACAGAAAACUCUUAGAAGGUGAAGAAGAGAGACUGAAGCUCUCGCCAAGCCCUUCUUCCCGUGUGACCGUGUCACGAGCAUCCUCCAGCCGCAGCGUGCGCACGACUAGAGGAAAACGGAAGCGAGUCGACGUGGAAGAGUCGGAGGCGAGCAGCAGUGUUAGCAUCUCUCAUUCCGCUUCAGCCACUGGGAACGUCUGCAUCGAAGAGAUAGAUGUUGAUGGAAAGUUUAUCCGCUUGAAGAACACUUCUGAACAGGAUCAACCAAUGGGAGGCUGGGAGAUGAUCAGAAAAAUUGGAGACACAUCAGUCAUUUACAAAUAUACCUCAAGAUACGUGCUGAAGGCAGGCCAGACUGUUACAAUCUGGGCUGCAAACGCUGGUGUCACAGCCAGUCCUCCGACAGACCUCAUCUGGAAGAACCAGAACUCCUGGGGCACUGGUGAAGAUGUGAAGGUUAUACUGAAAAAUUCUCAGGGAGAGGAGGUUGCUCAGAGAAGUACAGUCUUUAAAACAACCAUACCUGAAGAGGAAGAGGAGGAGGAGGAAGCAGCUGAAGUGGCUGUCCAGGAAGAAUUCCGCCCACAGGGAGCCCCGAGAGCAUCUGAAAGAAGCUGUGCAAUUAUGUAAACUUCUCAAGUCAACUGUCUUCCUUGAAAUAAAAAAAAGUAUGGUAAUCCUUACCUACAUACAGUGCAGAGCCUUCUCCGAAGCACAGAAUAUUUUUAUAUUUCCUUUAUGUGAAUUUUUAAGCUGCGAAUAUGAUGGCCUUAAUUUCUUUUUUUGACACUGAAGUUUUGUAAAAGAAAUCAUAUCCAUACACUUUGUUGCAAGAUGUGAAUUAUUGACACUGAACUAACUGUACUGUUUGGAAAGGGUCCCUCAAAUUUUUUUGGCAUUUUUUUGUAUGUAUGUGUUUUUUUUUUUUUAAGUUCUUAUGAGAAGAGGAGGGGAGGGUCAAUAAACCACUGUGUGUCUGGGCUUAAUCUGAAGAUUGCUCUCCUGGAUUAGCAAUCUGCUCUUGAUUAUCCUCUGCUACAUAUAACGGUGCUGUGAGGGAGGGGGGAGCAUUUUUCAAUGUACCGGAAUUUUGUAAUGAGAUUUUUUGUAAUAAACAAUCAAGGCUACAA